AUGGUCAUGUUUAUACCAAUAAAUCCCAAUGAUAGAGAUCCUGAUAGUCAAGCAAUAUUCGAAAAAAAUGAAUACUAUAUCGUCAGUGGAAAAGUUAUCCCUGAAUACUACUGUGAUGUUAAAAAAGCGAAA